AUGUCUAGCAUUAUCCACAAGGUCAAGGACGCUGUCACUCACAAGAAGUCUGGCGAUCACACCGACCACCACGACAACACCAACUAUGAGUCUACUCAGUCCUCAAACCACGGUCCUCAUGACAGCAACGUUGCCAACACCGCGGACCCCCGCGUUGACAGCGAUCGCUCUGCCCACAACACUACAUCUACUAGCCAUACCUCCCAGCCUCUGAGCACCGGUGCUAGCCACAAUGAGUCUGGCCUGUCCUCCAACCACGGUCCCCACGACAGCAAUGUAGCCAACGCUGCCGAUCCUCGCGUCGACAGUGACCGCUCUGCCCACAACACCACCUCUCACUCCUCCACCGGUCCUCUUGGCACUGGUGUGGGCAGCAACGCCUACGAGUCUGGCCGCUCAUCCAACCACGGCCCCCACGACAGCAACGUCGCUAACGCUGCCGACCCUCGUGUCGACAGUGACCGUUCUGCCCACAACACCACCUCCCACUCUUCUACUGGAGGCCUCGGUGCUGGUGUUGGUGCUGGUGCUGGUGCCAAUGCCUACGAGUCUGGCCGCUCUUCUAACCACGGUCCUCACGAUAGCAACAUUGCUAACACUGCUGACCCCCGAGUCGACAGUGACCGCAAUGCCUACGGCACCGGAUCCACUGGACUUAACACCACCUCUCACUCUGGCUCUACUGGCCUGAACUCCGGCUCCCACGCUGGCUCCACCGGUCUACACAGCGGCUCGGUCGGCUCCACCGGCCUCGAUGGUGCUCGCACCGGAUCCACUGGACUUAACAACACCUCGCACACCGGCUCUACUGGUCUGAACUCUGGCUCUGUCGGUUCUACCGGCCUUGACGGUGCUCGCACCGGAUCCACUGGAUACGGCUCCGCUGCCCCUCUCUCCGGCACUGGCCACAACACCCACGACACCAGCCGAUCCUCCAACUUCGGUCCUCACGACAGCAGCCUUGGCAACAAGGCCGACCCCCGUGUUGACUCCGACCUUGACAGCCGCCACGGCUCCACUGGCCUGAACACUGGCUCCCACAGCGGUUCCGCCAGCUACGGCUCCGCCGCUCCUCUCAGUGGCGGCCACAACAGCGCCAACGAUCAGGAGAACCUCCGUUCCUCCAACCACGGUCCCCACAGCAGCAACCUUGCCAACAAGGCUGACCCACGCGUCGACAGUGACCGCAGCAAGGGAUACGAUUUCAACAACGAUGUUCACAAGGGCAGCCUCGCUGGUGAGGCUGAUAUGAUGCACCUCUCCCACAGCUCUGGCCCCGACACCACCACCCGUACCUUCGAGGAGGCCCAUGAAACUGGCGCUGCUGGCACUGGCGCUGGAAGCAGCUACAACCACGGCCGCACCAGCCACUCCACUGCCGGUCCCCAUGACAGCAAUGUCGCCAACAAGGCUGACCCUCGUGUCGACUCUGACCUCGAUGGAUCUAACACUGUUGGCCACACCCAGACCCAGCGCAUUUAA